GAUGGGUUCAAGCUAUAAAACCUACGAUGAAGAAUUUUGUCAAGGUUGGUUUUUAAGAACUUCCAAGAUUACUUCCUCGUCUAAUCUCACAAAUCAAAAUCAUUCUGAAUAUUUUGAAUCAGUAUUUAUCUCUAUAUUUUUCUUAGGACAGGGUCUUGAUCCCAUCUUUUUUAUUUAUUUAUUUGAAAAACUUAUCUAUCUGUUUUUGAAAAACAUCAAGACUUCAAGAAAAAAUGUUAUCAUUCGCUAUGAGUACCACUACGCUACGACGUCAAGUUUUAUUUUUUAUUUUGGUUGGUAUGAUUGUUAAUCAGGUAUUGGCAGUAGGACAUCAAACUUCUCACUCCACAAUCAGGCGAGCAGUUCAAGAAAAAAAACGUCAUAGAGCUUCUCAUCAUUCAUCUCGAAAGUUCCACAAUCAAAAGAAAGCUAAUUCUUAUGUCUCGACAUCAAACAGAUCUCAACGGUAUACUUCAGACUCGGAUGCCAAUGACUCAUCAUACGUGACCUCCUCGGGCAACUUGACGUCCUCAGGUAACUUGACAUCCUCGGCGAACUCGACGUCUUCGGCUGACUGGACAUCCUCGGACAACUUGACUUCGAAUUCCAAUAUCACCUCAGAUGAUAAUUCUACUCCCAACGAAAGUGAUGGUUACAAGCCGAAGAAGACCAAUCGUACUACGAUCUCACUAGUCUCCUCAGGUUAUGUUUCCACCUCGGAUGGGAACCAAACCACCAGUGAUUCUGGUAACAACAACACCAAUGCUACUUCUUCUAGUGCUACAAACCAGACCACCACUGGAACCACUUCGAGUUCACUCACUGGAGUAUUUUCCUCAAGUUCUAUGAAACAGAAUGAUUUAUUCUUAGGGUUUUUACCUGAUGAUGGUUCAUCAGGAGGUGAUCGUCAAACAAUGGAACAAAUCAAUUCAGCCCUAAGUUCCAAAUCUUCUGGUUAUGGUUGGUAUUCUCAACUAUCCGCUGGGAAAACGUAUGAUGGCUCUCAACUCUUGGCCGUCAUGGAUGAUGUGAAAGCUUGUAAUUGUGUGUUUCAACCUGCAGUAAUGCCUACUUCUGGUUGGAGUGGGCUUACAAGUGAUGAUAACAGUCAAGCUGUAGCUAUUGCUCAAGUGAUGAAGAAGUUUACUGAUGAAGGGAUACCUGUUUGGUUAAGAUUUGCUCAUGAAGUCAACUAUUAUCAAACAGAUGGAACUUACCAAGGAACAUCAGAAGAUUUCAAAAAAGGUUGGGCAGCCGUCUCAGCCGCCAUAAAGUCAAUUGCACCAGAUGUAAAGAUGUGGUGGACACCAAAUGUGGCAUCAGCAGAUGAAUAUGUAAAAUAUGAACCUUAUGAUCUUUCAACAGUUGAUUUAGUUGGUAUAGAUUUUUAUCCUAAAAAACUUACUGGGUCUGAUUUUAUUGAUACCAUGAAAGCUUUUCAUGAUAAGUAUGCAGUAGAUGGUAGAAUGUUUGCGAUUGGUGAAACUGGUCUCGGAUAUGCAGGUUCAGUUGAUGAAAAGUUUAAAUGGUUAUCAGAAAUCGCAGCAGCUAAAAGUUCAAUGCCUCAAUUUAUUACCAUGUCAUGGUUUAACUUUCAUAAAGAAUGGAAUUAUAGAACUGUAGGAGAAAGUGAUCUUAAUUCAAAGUUUACUUCUUUUCUUGCUUCUUAAAGCAUUUCUUUUUUUUCAUUUACAAUGUACAUAGCAGAAUCUCUCUGAUUUUCUUUAUGGUUCAAAUAUUUUUAUUUUCGUUUUGUUUUGUACAUAUUGCAACUUUCUUUUUCGUAUUUCUAAUCUUUGAAAGAUAUCUGUACAUAUUUUUGGAUCAUGAUUUUGAACCUUUUAGUAUCUACACAUCCUUAUCUGUGUACUAUAUAGCCAAGUCUCUCAAUGUAUUUUCAAACUGACAGUAUCAUUCCUUCAAAAGAAUUGUAUGCACUCUAUCAUAACUCUUUGUGUUUGUACAUAUAAAUCUCUUUCAUUUCUAUCCUUUGCGAAGAUGACUGUACAAUUCUAUUGACAAUGUACACUUAAACUGAUUUUUUCACGCAUGUGCUUCCCUAUAAACUUUGAACUUGAAGUUGUUCUUGAUAUGCCAUUCAAUGUUCUUGGGAUGUCUUAGUUAAUAUGUACCGACAACCUAAAAAUCAGUCUUCUUGGUCUUAUGACUUUCAGAACACCGUUCUAACACGAAGAAAUGUUUCAUCUCAAACCCGCUUCACUACCGC